GCGCAUCGGUCUCCGCUUACCUGUUAACACGCCAGUCACCUUGUAGCGUGGAGCGGUACGCCAUGCCGUGGUCGAGGCGUGCAGUGGGUAGUCUGGAGAGUGCAUAUUAGACAGCGCGAGCCACUCAAGCUCGAGCAUUCGCCGGCGAGCGCUCGGUGAGAUCGGUGCCGAGUUUAUUUUCGCGUGUCGUGCUCGCUCGCUCGCUCGUUAUCGUACGCGUACCAUAGUCUGUGAACUUCGUGUUGUUUCGUCCCGCUUAGCAUCGUACGAUACGGAAUAGAAACAACGAAAAAAGAACCUUGAAGCCGUGAUCUGCGUAACAAGGGACGUGUACCAUUGUGGAAUUCUACGCUGUGUACAUUUAUUACUUCUAGUGGAUAUCAGCGUGUCGACGCGCUGGCCCGCAUGUUUUCCCGCGACGCGACCGGAACGCCGCGGUCCGUCGACACCGUGGUCCAGAGGAUGCAGCCGAAUCCCGGCAACCGUGGAAAGUGAAGUUUUCGAAAGGGACAAAAAAGAGAAAUCGCGGAGGAGCGAGAAAUCGAGCGGACGGGAAGAAGCGGGCAUUUUCAACGACGCGAUCGUCCGGCCAGUGUGUCUCCAACGACUUUCGGACACGUGAGUGUUUCGAUGGACGAAAACUGAAGCGUAAACACCGGCAAAAGCGAAUCCGAGAUACUCGUGCGCCGGGAAUUAGAAAUCAGAGAUGGGCGAAGCGAAGUUUCACGUUGAUUAAAUUCUGCCCAACUCUCUCCGAGUUGAGAUUGGCUGUGACAGUUCGAGAGGCUCGGUCUCGGUCUCGUCGCGAGAGGGCUGCAACGUUCGAGCGGUGAAUCGCAAUCCGAGCGACGCGUUUCGAAAGAUCGACGUGUCGUCGCCGUCUAAAGAGGUAGGUAGCUCUUACUCAAUACGGUUUAUCGCGCCGUAGGGAAUCGUGCGCGGAAUGAGAACUCGGUUGCACGUACCACGUGAAUUUGCCACCGCGAAUCGACACGAUCAGUGGAAGCGGAACAAGUGACGAACGUUACGCACGCUGCUGGUUGUCGUUCGAUGCGAAUAAACGGAAGCUUGCUGCAAGGACAAGAAUCGACAAGGAACCGAUACGCGUCGUGUUUGGCACAAGCCUUCUGUCGAAACGUGACGUUUCAGUGCAACAGUUUUUCUUUUUUGAUCGGGAAUCGGUCAGUUUAAUCAAUCGCGUGUGCGGUGUAAACGAACUCUGAUGCCGCGGAAACGAAACGGACUACGCGUACAGUGAAAAUACACCGCGAACAGUGUCAAUUGGAGAGUAUAUAAUGUGCAAGCGAGGCUCGGAUGACACCUAACAUCCACGUCUGAUGACAAACGUCAACAGGAUCAGGGUGGUCGUCCUCGGCGGCCCCAGAGUCGGAAAAUCAGCUGUAGUCGUGCGGUAUUUGACGAGGCGGUACAUUGGCGAGUACAGCUCAACCAGCGAUUUCCUGUACCGGCACAGCGUUACCAUCGAUAACGUUAGUACCGAGGUCGAGAUACUGGACACUUCCAGGUGCGAGGAGAAUGGUUGUCUUUACUCUCACAUCCGGUGGGGCGAGGCUUUCGUCAUCGUUUACAGCGUGACGUGUAAACGAAGCUUUCAGGAGGCCCGUGGACUGCUAAAGCAGCUCGCUGAUCUACGCCUGCCAUCCUAUUUCACCGCUCUGCUGCUUGGCAACAAGAGAGAUCUGGAUCAUGCCCGAGAGGUGUGCGUGGACGAGGGCCAGCAGCUGUCGUUGGCGCACGGGUGCCAGUUCUACGAGGUCAGCGCCGCGGAGAGUCCCGCGGGAGCCGCGCUGGCGUUCCAGGCGCUUCUGCGGGAGGCGAGAUCGGUCCAGCUCCUGCGGGCGCUCCCCAUUCGCCGGAAAUUGGGCGUUCACUCUGUCUCGAGGGUGCUGGGCACCAUCUUCGGGAAGAACACCACCAAGGACCGCAAGAAGAGGCCCUCGCUGAGCAUAUGACGCCUCCUCUGCGCCCUCCUCCUCGGAGGUCGUGACGAACCGGACAUGAGAACCGACGUGAUCGUUCUCAGCAGCAACGUUUACGCGAACCGCUGAUCGAGGACACCGAGAACGCGAUUCUGACCAAGAAGAAGCCUCGGUGGCUUCCUCGCGAUGAACGUUUUCGAGAUCCUCCUGGCGAAGGUUCCCGAUUCGUAUGUCUUCGACGUGGGAACGUUGGAUCCGUGGGCGAGGGAUCCGAGGGUCCUCGAAGACGGAGAGUGUCCUUUCGAAUCGAGCAGAGGUCUGAUGGAUGAGGAAGAGGGCGCAGGAGUAGUUUUGUAUAACGAAGGAUCUCCAAGAAGCCAAGAAGUCACGAAGAAGUUGAUGCAGGUCAUUGGUUCGUGAAAUAAAUUCAGCGAAGAAUAGAUGGGUCUGGGUGACUAGGUCGAGAGACCAAACAUUCCUCGAUCAGAAUGACUGAAGAAGAGGUCUAUGGUGUCCAGGCUAAGCGACCCAAGUGAUUCGAUGAAGACCUCAAGAGUUCUAUGCAAUUUUAAGAAGACCUGAUGUCUAGGUAAUUAGACCAAGUCUAAGAGUUCUUAAAUCAAAUUAAAAAAGAAAGAGGUCAAUGGUCUUUAGAUCUAGCGACCUAGAGUGGCUCAGUCGGAUUGGGUCAAGGCGCGGUGACCAACCCAAGAGUCCAAUAGUUGCUCGGAGUGAGAUGUGGCGUAACAGAAAUCAGUGAUGUCUGGGGCGACUCCGCCAGUCGCCAGUCGGGACGUUUGCUUGGCAUUUGCGUGAGAUCCUCGUUGAGAGACGUUUCGUUCAGCUAAGAAACAUUCGUGAGAACAGUGGAUUUAUCGGGCCGUGUGAAAGACUGCCACGGCCGUGGAAACGACUAAUGGCUCGUGAAGUCGAAGUUGAUACCGAGUGCGCAGGAUCUGUGCGACCUCCGUUUCGGUGUUUCCCCGUUUCGACGUACUCCGUACAGCGUUCAAAGCCAUUUUCUCUCCUCGUUUAGGGUGCUCGAGGGUUGAAUUCGUCGGCCAUCUUGCGCUGGACGCGCGACCGCUGUUCCUGAACGGUCUAGCUUUAAACGCGUCCGAAAUAGAAACGGUACGGUUACUCUCAGACGUAAGAGAAUUACGUUUACCGUUUCACACGUGAUAUAUUAUUGUUUACACUCGGACUAACCGAGAACGCGACGAGCAUUGCCGAUUCCGAGCUCGUUCCUUCGUCACGGAAUUGGAUACGAGCUCCGAGCGAGAGGUGGGCAAAAUUCUUAUUCGCGCGAACAUUAUUGUGAUUAUUAUUAUUAUUAUUAUUAUAAUCAGCGUUUCGGUUAGGUCUCGACGAGUAAAACGAGUCCAAACACAACCCCGUUCCGACUACUUUUAAUUAUACCUAUUUGGAUCAUAGCGGUCGUGUUGGUACUCGUUUUCGUCAGGGAAGCCUCACCGAUUCAUUGACAACGCUUUCAUCAAAAUAUACGGAAAUAUUAAUAUAUAUAUGAAUAUAUUUAAAUGUUACGAAAUUGAAUAUUUUAACAAAAUUGAAUAAAAUUUUGCCCACUUUUGUUCCGCGUGCGGAGACUGGCGUCGCCCUCGAACCUGAACCCGACAGUCUUUCAAAUUUCCGCAGCCUCCGCCGAAUGAAGGUCGUUCAUUCGCACGGACAGCGCUGCAGCCACGAUUCGAUCGCGGGUCUAUCCUUCGGAGCGCGCACGCGUACGUCGAAGGAAUCGGUCGUUGGUCGCGAAACGGGAGGAGGAAGCAGCUCAAAUCGUAACGAACCGGUUGUAAUUUCAGGCACACGGCCGUGUUUUGCUCUCGAGAGUUUACUCGGCGCUCGGUGACGAUCGCGAGACGUUCAACGCUGCGAGACGU